CCAAAGCUGUUUACAAAUGGUUCCUUCACUACAUAUCAUCUUCCUACCUUCGGAGCUUCAGAUUCAGGUCCAUCUUCUCUCAACAGAGAUGGAAGAAGCAUCCACCUUUCUUGAGAAAAAAAGGUAUGCAGUGGUUACCGGAGCAAACAAGGGGAUUGGAUUGGGAAUAUGCAAGCAGUUAGCUUCCAAAGGGGUGGCUGUUGUUUUGACUGCUAGAGAUGAGAGAAGGGGCAUUGAAGCUGUCGAAAAGCUCAAAGAAUCUGGUCUCUCUGAAUUUAUCCUUUUUCAUCAACUUGAUGUUGCAGAUCCAGCCAGUAUUGCUUCUCUAGCAGAUUUCAUCAAAACCCAGUUAGGAAAGCUUGAUAUCUUGGUGAACAAUGCAGGAAUUACAGGUGCCUUAGUAGAUGGUGAUGCUCUAAGAGCUUCAGGCUUUGGAAAGCCUGGUGUACAAAUCAACUGGAGUGAAAUUAUUACUGAAACACAUGAGUUAGCUGAUGAAGGCCUCAAAACAAACUACUAUGGUGCUAAACGAAUGUGUGAUGCUCUAAUUCCCCUACUCCAGUUAUCUGAUUCUCCAAGAAUUGUGAAUGUUUCUUCCUCCACGGGAAAGUUAAAGAAUGUAUCAAAUGAAUGGGCGAAAGCAGUCUUUAAUGAUCUUGAAAACCUUACUGAAGAGAAAGUGGAUGAAGUAUUGAACCAAUACCUGAAAGAUUUUAAAGAAGGAUCAUUGGAAACCAAAGGCUGGCCUGCUAAUAUGUCUGCCUACACACUCUCAAAAGCUGCCAUGAAUGCGUACACAAGGGUUCUGGCCAAGAGGUACCCGGAUUUCUGCAUCAAUUGUGUCUGCCCUGGAUUUGUCAAAACCGAUGUAAACUAUAAUACUGGAAUCCUGAGUGUAAAAUAUUCCAUUUUUUCUUUGAAGUUCUUCUCAUUUUAAUUUUCAUUUUCUUUUUUUCUUUCAUCUUUUAUAUUCUCCCAUUUGUAUUUUUGCAAAUAUCUCUACUUUUAUUUCAUUAUUCAUUUAUACUUAUUCCAUUAUCAUUUUUGUUGACAAUCCAUCAUCUUCUUUCUCUUCAUCCUUCUCAUUCAAUGCGCUUUUUUUUUUUUAAUGCAUCAACCAAUUACUUCCAUUUAGUUUUAACUAAAAAUUCUAAUUAUUU